AUGGAAGAAGCGACCGAGACCCUCGGAGCGGGGCAACGGGUUCCAUCCGUCACCCUUGGGUUCACGGUGGGCGCCCCCAAAACACCCGGGCAAGGCAGCACGACGGAGAGGGGAGCGGAUCAGCAGAGGGGCCAAGAGUACUACCGAGCGGGCGCGGACGGUGAAGAGUUCAGCGAGGAGCUGUACCGGCGACUCGUGCAGCUGCAGGCGGAAAGUGGGUCUGGCGAGGCAGAGGAACGUCCCGAGGUGGAAGAGGAGGAAGACUGCGAAGAAGAUGGGAGUGAGGAUGACGAUAAAGAGGAAGAGGGAGAAGAAUAA